GCUAGAGGCGGAGCUGGACGCGCGGCGCAGCUGCUGUGACGACACAUUAGAGUCACUGCCCGAUAAGGUCAUUUCCGGUACGCUUCCUUCGCUGAGCCUUGUGGGUGACCUGCCGGGGUCUCCAGGCGACGACGAUGGCGGGGGAUGUGGGCGGUCGCAGCUGCACGGACUCGGAGCUGCUGCUGCACCCGGAGCUGCUGUCCCAAGACUUCCUUCUUCUCACUUUGGAGCAGAAGAACAUAGUUGUUGAAAAUGAUGGAAGAAUAAAUAAAGAUGAUCUUACUGAUCUUUAUGUCCAGCAUGCAAUACCAUUGCCUCAGAGAGAUUUGCCAAAGAAUAGAUGGGGGAAAAUGAUGGAAAAGAAAAGACAACAGCAUGAGAUAAAACAUGACACUAAAAGGAGUACCACUGUUGAUGGGUUAAGGAAAAGACCUCUCAUUAUAUUUGAUGGAAGUUCAACAAGUACAACUAUAAAAGUGAAAAAGACAGAGAAUGGAGAUAAUGAUCGACUAAAGCCUCCCCCUCAGAACCAUGACUUAACGCAUAGGAAAAGUCCUUCGGACCCUGUGAAGUUGCCACCAUUAUCCCCUGUGGGAACUACUCCAGUGAAGUUAAAGCGAAUUGCUCCUAAAGAAGAAGCAGAGACUGUAAAUAACCUGAAGCCCCCAGAAGCAAAGAGGAAGAUACAACAUGUUACAUGGCCAUGAAGGAAAGUUUCCCAAAAAUGUAAAUAUAGCUAUAACUAGUUUUUCAAACAAAUUCACAUUUAUUGACAGUAUUUACAAAGACCCUGAUUAUUAGGGAAUUUUCUUAAGAUGUUUAAAAUUAGGUUUAAAAAAUUAUAAUGUUUCCUUUAAUUUUUUCAGUCUUCCUUCCUUCUUUUGAAGUUCUUGCUUCUUAUGCCCUGAAUAGGAAAGAAUUUCUUUU